AUGGACGACUACGACGAGUUUGGAAACUAUAUCGGCGCGCUUUCUGACUCUGACGACGACGCUUCGUCUUACGGGGGAGGUGAGGCUGCUGUCGGUGCCGGUGUCGGUGCCGGUGCAGGUGCCGGUGCGAGCGCAGGGGGAAGGUAUGGCCAAGGAGAUUCACCUGCUCCAUUAGCCGGCUACGACGAUGAGGAUGAGGAGGCAAUGGACGAAGAUGUUAGGGGCGCAGGUGCGAGCGGUGCACUGAUGAGGAUCGACGAGUCAGCGAGCAACGCAGUGGUGCUGCACGAAGACAAAAAGUACUACCCUUCCGCCAACGAAGUGUACGGCGAAGAUGUGGAAGCGUUGGUGCAAGAAGAAGACACUCAACCCCUCACUCAACCCAUCGUGGAACCGGUCAAGGUGCGGAAAUUCAACAUAGAGGAGAAAGGUUUGCCGCAGACUCGGUUCGAGAGAGAGUUCAUGAUGAACCUUAUGAAUUUCCCUGAAAUGGUCAGAAACGUCGUCGUGGCGGGUCACCUGCACCACGGCAAGACUAGCUUGCUGGACAUGCUCGUGCAGCAGACUCAUGUCAUGCCCAUCGACACGGACAGGCAGGUGAGCAAAAGGCAUGGUAGAGGAAGCUAGACAGACGAGCAAGCGGCCCGGUACCGUGCCACCUGCACGCAUACACGCAUGCAAGCUGACGUUGUGUUGCCGCCUCUGUCCAGGAACGCUAUACGGACAUCUCCGAGCUGUCAAGAUCGCGUGGCAUCUCACUCAAGUCCGCUCCUCUGUCCCUCGUGCUGCCUACAACGCGCGGCAAGUCGCAUCUGGUCAAUCUGCUAGACACGCCAGGUCACGUCAACUUCCUGGACGAGGUGGCUGCCAGCACCAGAGCUGCAGAUGGCGUGGUCCUCGUCGUGGAUGUGAUUGAAGGCGUUAUGAUAGGCGCUGAAAAGAUCAUUGAGCACGCGAUCGUGAGUGUCGCCGCGACUGCUAUUCUUGAUCUAAAAGGUGGGAGGUGCCUCUGACCAGACCUUUGCUCCUCAUUCGUCCAACCUGCAGCGCGAUGGGUUACCCAUUGUCCUCGUCCUCAACAAGCUGGACCGCCUCAUCUUGGAACUUCGUUUGCCUCCCAGCGAAGCUUACUUCAAGAUUCGUCAUUCCAUCGAAGAGGUGAACAAUGUGAUUGCCCGCUUUGACAAGAACCCAGCUCGCCGUCUAGGACCCGAGCGCGGCAACGUAGCUUUUGCGAGCACGCAGACGGGAUGGUGCUUCACCUUGCGGAGUUUUGCCAAGCUGUAUUCUGACAAGGUGGAUGUCGAAGAGUUUGCCAAGCGCCUUUGGGGCAACAUUUACUACUCUUCCGAGAGUCGCAAUUUCAGUCGAAGAGCGGCAGAUCCGGAGAGCAAGAGGAGUUUUGUGCACUUCAUUUUGGAACCCAUCUACAAGAUGUACACGCAGGUACUCUCUUGCGACUCGGACGACCUCAAGAGGACGUUGGCUGGGUUGGGAAUCUUCUUCAAGCCGGCAGUGUACAAGAUGGACGUGAGACCGCUGCUCAGACUCGUCCUCAACACAUUCUUUGGCAACGCCACGGGCUUGACGGACAUCAUCGUCGACAACGUUCCCAGCCCUCUGGACGCUGCGAAAAGCAAGAUAGAUCGUAUCUGGGUCGGACCUCGCGAAGGACCUCUGUACGAAGGAAUGACCACUUGCAACGCCGAUGGUCCUCUCGUCGUGGCGGUGUCGAAGUUGUACUCCACGACCGACGCGCAGGGUUUUCGUGCGUUUGGCAGGGUGUUGAGCGGCACUGUGCGCAAGGGAGAUAGGGUGAGGGUGUUGGGAGAAGGGUUCAGCCAAGACGACGAUGAGGAUAUGGCUCUAGCUACCGUCGAGAAUGUGUGGGUGAGCGAAACGCGGUAUGCUGUGGAAGCCGAAGGCAUACCGGCUGGAUGCUGGGCUUUACUUGGAGGAGUGGAUUCGAGCAUCACCAAGACGGCUACGGUAGUAGGAGCCGAGGUACCCCUUGAAGACCUUCACAUCAUCGCUCCGAUCUCGCACAUCACGCGCUCCAUUCUCAAAAUUGCCAUUGAGCCCCUCGUACCUUCCGAGCUGCCGAAGAUGCUCGAGGGAUUGAGAAAGGUCAACAAGAGCUAUCCUUUGGCGAUCACCAAGGUGGAAGAGAGCGGAGAACAUAUCGUGCUUGGAACGGGAGAGCUGUACCUCGAUUGCAUCCUACACGACUUGAGAAAGUUGUAUGCGGAGAUGGAAAUCAAGGUUAGCGAUCCCGUUGUGCGCUUUGCCGAAACGGUGAUCGAGACGAGCGCCGUGAAGUGCUACGCGGUCACGCCCAACAAAAAGUGAGUGGGGUAGGAUGGGCGAGGUCUGAGUGUGGGCAGGGGACUUACUUGGCAGACAUCUCAACGAUGAAUGACAGGAACAAGAUUACGGUGAUCGCUGAGCCCCUCGACAAGGGUCUGGCAGAGGACAUUGAACAAGGUCGAAUCAACACACGGAUGCCUCCGAAAGAGUUAGGCAAAUAUUUGCAGCAGGUGAGCAACACACCUUAUUCGUGCCCUGCGCCAAGAGAGCACUGACCCUUUUCGACUUUGGCCUGUCGGUAGCAAUACGACUGGGAUUUGCUGGCAUCUCGAUCUGUCUGGGCCUUUGGUCCCGAGGACAAUGGUCCGAACAUACUUGUGGACGAUACCUUGCCGGAUGAAGUGGACAAGAAGCAAUUGUACAGUAUUCGGGAGUCUAUUCGGCAAGGUUUCCAAUGGGGUACUAGGGAAGGACCGCUGGCAGAUGAGCCUAUCAGGAAUGUCAAGUUCAGAAUCCUUCACGCCGAGAUCGCACCAGAGGCUAUACAUCGAGGAGGAGGACAAGUGAUCCCUACAGCUCGAAGGGUGUGCUACGCCGCUCUGCUGCUCGCGACUCCUCGUCUGAUGGAGCCCAUCAGCUACGUGGAAGUGCAAGCUCCAGUGGAUUGCGUCGCGGCGGUAUACACGGUUUUGGCGCGCAGGAGAGGUCACGUAACUCAAGAUGUUCCCAAACCCGGCUCGCCACUCGUCACUGUCAAGGCCUUCAUCCCCGUCUUGGACGCCAACGGUUUCGAGACGGACCUCAGAACGCAGACUCAAGGUCAAGCAUUCUGCCUGCAGCUCUUUAGCCAUUACGCCGUCCUACCGGGCGACCCCUUGGAUAAAACAGUCUCCCUCAGAGCCCUCGAACCUGCCCGAGCCCUCGAAUUGGCCAGAGAUGUGUGUCUCAAGGUGCGAAGAAGAAAGGUAAGUGCUGCUGCGCCCUCGCACAUCGUGAAAGCCUUGGUUUUGUGCCUUUGCGAGGAACGCGCUCAUAGUCCUUGCGUCCUUCUUGACUCCGCACCAGGGCCUCAACGAUAAUGUUAGCAUCGCCUCUUACCUCGAUCAAGAUCUCGUCGUUGCGCUUUCCGCCGGAGGCUACGAUUUGAGUUGA